UCACUUUUGCGUUUGACUGAUAAUGCACUCCGAAGCUUUGCGUUGGGGGUGUGUGAUUGUUGACGAAUUUCAUUUCCGUAAAUUAUAAAUAGGUAUUGGCAUAACUUAAACAUUUUAUCAAUGUUGUCGUAAAUUCUAAGCAAGACAAUGAAUUUGGUUGGAGAUAACCAGCAUGGCAAUGGGUUGCUCUAUGCUGGAUGGAACCAAGACCAAGGAUGUUUUGCUUGUGGAAUGGAAACAGGUUUUCGAGUGUAUAAUUCAGACCCUUUAAAAGAGAAAGAAAGACAAGACUUUGCUGAUGGCGGCAUCACUCACAUCGAAAUGCUGUUCCGAUGUAAUUACUUAGCAUUAGUUGGUGGAGGAAAAAAUCCAAAGUACCCUCCCAAUAAAGUUAUGGUGUGGGAUGACCUCAAGAAGAAAAAUGUGAUAGAAUUGGAGUUUUCCACAGAGGUUAGAAGUGUAAGACUGCGACGAGAUAGGAUUGUGGUAGUAUUGGACACUAUGAUUAAAGUCUACACAUUCACACAGAAUCCACAACAGCUGCAUGUGUUUGAGACCUGCUCCAAUCCUAAAGGUUUGUGUGUAAUGUGCCCAAACAGCAACAAUUCACUGCUCACCUUCCCCGGGCGUAAAACCGGCCAUGUACAGAUUGUAGACCUGGCCAACACUGAAAAAUCACCACUGGAUAUUGCAGCUCAUGAGGCUUCACUCAGUUCUCUCGCCCUCAACUUACAGGGGACUAGAUUAGCCACAUCAUCAGAAAAGGGAACUCUGAUCCGAGUGUUUGAUACAAUAUCAGGCCUACAACUACACGAACUGAGGAGGGGUGCUAACAAUGCACACAUUUACUGCAUCAAUUUCAAUCAAGACUCUACGUUUUUGUGUGUGGCCAGUGACCAUGGGACUGUACACAUCUUUUCUACAGAAGAUUCCAAGAAAAACAAACAGUUAAGCAUAGGGUCGGCCAGUUUCUUGCCUAAAUACUUCAGCUCUACCUGGAGUUUCUCCAAGUUCCAGGUACCCGGUGGUGCUAGAUGUCUGUGUGCCUUUGGUGCAGACUCCAACUCUGUGAUCGUGGUUUGUGCGGAUGGCAGUUAUUACAAAUUUGUCUUCAACCCUAAAGGGGAAUGUACUCGUGAUGUUUAUGCCCAGUUUUUGGAAAUGACUGAUGAUCGAUCAUAGUUUUGACUUUCCGCUUUGUGGUCUGAAAACAACAAAAACUUAGGUGUAUCUGUCUGUAAAACUGCUAUGUAUGGUAAACAUGAACCCACCCAAGUUCAACACUCCACACCCCAGAUGUCAUCCAAGGUCAACACAAACACAUGUCAUCCAAGGUCAACACACCACACAUCUCCAAAGUCAACACGCCACAUCUCAUCCAAGGUCAACACUCCACACAUGUCAUCCAAGGUCAACACUGCACACAUGUCAUCCAAGGUCAACUCAAACACAUGUCAUCCAAUGUCAACACACCAAACAUGUCAUCUAAGGUCAACACAUCACACAUGUCAUCCAAGGUCAACACUCCACACAUGUCAUCCAAGGUCAACACAUCACACAUGUCAUCCAAGGUCAACAUUCCACACAUGUCAUUCAAGGUCAAUACUCCACACAUGUCAUCCAAGGUCAACACUCCACACAUGUCAUCCAAGGUCAACACUCCACACAUGUCAUCCAAGGUCAACACAUCAUACAUGUCAUCCAAGGUCAACAUUCCACACGUCAUCCAAGGUCAACACAUCACACAUGUCAUCCAAGGUCAACACACCACACAUGUCAUUCAAGGUCAAUACUCCACACAUGUCAUUCAAGGUCAACACACCACACAUGUCAUCCAAGGUCAACACAUCACACAUGUCAUCCAUGGUCAACACAAACACAUGUCAUCCAAGGUCAACACACCACACAUGUCAUCCAAGGUCAACACAUCACACAUGUCAUCCAUGGUCAACACAAACACAUGUCAUCCAAGGUCAACACACAAACAUGUCAUCCAAUGUCAACACACCACACAUCAUUCAAGGUCAAUACUCCACACAUGUCAUCCAAGGUCAACACACUACACAUCUCUUCCAAGGUCAACUCAUCUCAUCCAAGGUCAACACACUACACAUCUCAUCCAAGGUCAACACACCAAACAUGUCAUCCAAGGUCAUCACUUACACCACAGAGUUCAAGGUCGACAUAUCACACGUCUCAUUUGUGAUUAAAACUUCACUAUUUAAAUGGCUGUUGAUUCUGCUCCUGCCUUCAGCUUGUUUACAGAUUUAUUGUCAUGUUGAUUCUAAUCACGCCAGUAGGGAUUUCUCACAGUGAAUUACACAAAAUACUAGUAGUGUUCAGGCGUUCAAUGUCAAAACUGCUUACAUUCCACCUCAUUUAAGGAAAUUCAAGACAAAAGUUUUAAAUGUAUAAUCAUUAGUAUAUAAAAAAUAAUGAAUUAAUGCGAUUUUGUCAUCAGAGACUAAGUGCUGUAUGCUUAAUGCAGUUUUUUUACAUUUCUACAUUAUGAAUGUAUGCGUGCAACAUGAAUAGCUGUCGCCAUGGAACGGCAACAAACACAAUCAGAAUGUGACAAAUAGUUCGAUAAGCUUUCUAGGGAAUUCUGCUUUGUAAAAUAUACUUAUUGUUAGGUAAAUUGACUUACAUAAACAUUAGCAUAUUGGGCCCAACCCUAUCUAUUGCUGUUCUGUAAAACUUCAAUUAAAUAUAAUUCCAGUGUUCUGCAAUAUGUCCGACUUUGGGGCAAAUGUUAUGUGUCAGGGCCCCUUGGGCUACUUACUGUAGGUCGAAUACAGUUAUGUAACAGUUGUGUAUGGGUGCUUACAACAUAAUGAGUGUGGCAGGAUGUAUUUGAGCAGAAAAUCUUCUUUGAGAUGUUUUUACCUAGCAUGCAUUAUUGAAAUAUUUUUUGUGUAAAGCGUAAAUUCUUUGUUACUGAAACACAUCUUUUCUGAAUUGUGAAGAUUCAUUUAUUAACUUUCCUGUAUUUGUUUUAAAUGUUUGUAUGUCUUUUACUAACAGAUCAGAGUACAUUGUGCAUACUUUAAUUGCAUGUAUGCCAUGUAUAUUUCAGAUAUAUGUACAUGGAAGGUUUACACUGUACAUGUUGUAAAUAAGGACCUUACUAAGGUAUGAUAGCCUAUUGUUUCAGACGUGACAGGUGCUUUUGUUGAUUUGUGAUCACUGUAAACCAAAUUACUGGCAAUGCUUGGAAUAUAUCAGAUCAAAUUAAAUACUUGUUUCUCAGAUGGAAUAUCUGAUGAUUAAUCAAAAUUGUUUAUAAUUUUUUCUCUCUCUUCACAUUCUAUUCAAUAAAUUGCAGCCAAGACUAAUUGAUAGUCUAUAAGACAAAUAUUUGUAUGAGUUUCUGAGUAUGAUAUCUAUUCAUAAAGAAGUCAUAUAUUAUAGCCCUCCUCCUUUUGUUUGAUAUACAUCAACACACACUCCUCCAAACCAUGGAAUCUGUAUCAUUGCUGUAGCACAGCUGUACAUUAGCCCAGCAGUCUCUAUUUCAGCUGCAGCAUCAUUGUCAGCAUCACGUGUUUAAGUCCACAUGGUAAAGUUUACGCUAAUUGUUGAUAUUUUUGUUAUCAUUGUUAAGUACAUGUAUUUUCAUGUAAACAAAAGCUGUGAAUCGUCAUUAAAUAUGCAUUGACACAUGCUGAAUAGGUGUUUUGUAAAUUUUAUUUUAAUAACAUCAUAUAUACCUGGUAUUUACAGAUGUACCUGGUUUUCAACAAGAUGUCAAUUCCAUCAUUUGAAUUUUAUAUUUUACUGCAUAAGGGAAAUGUAGAUUCUCUUAAAAUCAGACUUAGUAUAAAAUAUACAUUUGUUCCUUCAUCUGCCUUUUACUUAUCUCAAACUAUUCAUGGAAUGCUUUAGGCAGCAAAAUGAUUAAUAUUUUUUCUUCACUAUUUGACCCUCUGAUUUAAAGUCCAAUGGGGCGCGCUUAAUACUGGGCAUCUGGUUAGCUUUGCCUCUAAAUGCACAGGUGGUCAAAAACAAAGAAUACCAACAUAAUCAUAUUUUCCGUCGGGACGAGGGUGAAGUUAUCACAAGACAUGGGCUUAUUGCUAGAUAGAUAUGGCAAGAAAUCAUUAGGUUUUCCUCACAUACCGUUAUCUUCUUAACUCUGAGCUAUCCUAGUUGUCACUUUAAGAUAUGUAUGACAUAUAUAUUGUCAUGUCAGUUAUUUAAUGCCCCCAUUGCCUCCAUUUAAUAUUAUCUACCCCAGGUAUAUCCAUUACACUACAUGAACUUGUAUAGUAAAUGCACUUUGUAUGUUAUAACCGACAAUAAUUGGUUAAUUGUGCUUGAUGAAUUUAGAAACAGAUAAAAUGUUCAUACUUUUGGUGCAAUACAUUUUCUUUGUAAGAAGUUGAGAUUUUUUGUGAUGUCCAUGUGUAUAUAUAUUACAAUAUUAUGCAUAUGAUAGUAGCUUCAAAAUUGAAAUAUCAGAAGUGGAGAAAAAUACCAUAAUUCUGUUUUCCUAUCCUCAAUACAUUUGUAUUAAGGUUGUGUCUCGUACUUCAGAUCUUAGUGUGAAUGAUUUUCCUUUGAUCUGUGUAACAACAAAAGGUCAUCAUCUUGCACACAAAUAGUUUUUUUUCAUUUUUGAACAGAGCGACAUGAUGUAUUAAUAAUACAUUUUUAAAAUUGUUUCUACCAAGUGCUUCUAUAAUGUUUUACAAUUUUUAUAGAUAUGUUUUUUUAGUUGAUCAUAUGUCUUUGGCUCUCACCUACAGAAGGCAGAUGUAUAUGGACCAGUGUCGUGGGCCAAAAAAAGAAAGGUCCAGGGGAGCUUUGGAAAAGCAUGAUUUUAACAUACCAAGUAUACUGAUACCAUCCAACAAACAAGAAGACGUGAGGGUUAAUAUAUCGGGUAAAAAGUAUCCAGGGUGAAAACAGUUGGUUAGUUAUUGAGAUUGAUGUAGACAUCUCGUCAUAUUCUUAUGUGUCCUUGACCUUGGGAUGAGGCUUGCCAUGUUUAGAGUAUUAUAUACAAGAUGUCUCUAUAAGUUAUAAUUAACAGUCUGGUAUAUGUCACUCUAUGGAAACAGCAUUACUCUUAAUGAGGAGUUACACAGGUAAACAUAUUAUAUUACCUUGUAAUAUCACUUUACAAUCAUAAUUAUUCAAUUGUCUUUUCCAGGUUAUAUUUUAACUGAUAUAAAUUCGUGAGGUAUAUCAUUGCUAUAAUGUAACAUCAAUCGUCUGUUCUGUGCUAGGUCAGGAGGGAUGAUAUUAAGCUUGUGUGGGCUAAGGUCUCUCAGGUGUGUUUAAAAUAGAUAAGCUUGGUCAACAUUCAAGGUCAAGGAGGUGAACAUGUGUCGACGUCUUCCAGUAGCAUAAUAUUGUAUAACACUCCAAAUAUGAAGCACAAUGAUAUUUAAUCUGUCUCAAGGGCUAAGAAGUCAGUUACAUAAACCUUAUACAUAGCUUCUUCUAACAAACCAUGAAGCCAAGAGUAAGUGUAUUUGUCAAUGAUAUGACCUGACAUUGACCUACAUUUCUCCCAAGUCCUGUUUCUAUUGUCCAGGUUCUAUGUGUCUGGUUUGAAGGUGACAGGAAUAUACCAUAUAUACUUGGUAUUAUUUUUUGUACUCCCAUCUCAAUGAUAGAAAAUUGUGGGUACAAUUCCAGAUUUCAUAUUUCAACUACAAGUUUAAUUAUUUUGUAAUUAAUAGGUAUCGAGUGAUUAUUAAAUAAGGGAUCAAAAUUAGUUCAUUUAACUUUUGUUAUUCAAAAUACCAUCCAUGAACCUGAUGAAAAUAAAGUGCAUCUCUAAAUUCAAUGUAUUUAUAUUUUACCGAUACAUGUACAAGGUUGUUGUUAGGAUGUGAGAAUGCUGUGGUUUACAUUGUGGUUCAUGCUGUAGGAAGUUGAGGAGGUAUCUAUGAUAAGUGUUUCUUUUCUUAAAGUGCUAAAUUAAAUUAUAUCUGACUGAAACCAAAUACUCGUUUUGCAUGAACAAUAUAGUUUUAUUUUCAUUUUGUACAUAUCGUCAUUUAGUGAAAAGGAUGUAUCAUGUACAAUUAAAAACUGUUUUGUGUUAUAUUCUUUUGUCUUGAAUCAAAGAAUGUGUUGUAUUUUCAAGCAAAUUAUAAUUCCAUUAAUUAUUUUGUGAAUGGUAUGUAAGUGACAUGAGUGAUUUAGUGCGACUGUUGUUAAAUGCAUUUGUUUUAAGAUGCCGCAUCUUUCAAUAGACCCAUUAAUGCACUAAGAUGAUUUAGGCUUAGAGAGGCUAGCGUCUGUGACGAGAAUAUGAUCAAUAAAGCAAUGUAUCACCUUUG